AUGAUACCGAGCACAUCCAAAAAUCUGUAUGAGAAGCACUACGCAUCACAGACACAGGAGGGUGCAUCAAGAACACCCUCCGGCAGAGAAUCUGGAGAGAAAUGGAUGGCAUUUGCCACAGGAUCUGGAGAGUCCGAUCCAAAAACCAAUCUUGUUUCACACCCAAGUGGCAGUGAGAUUCUUGAAGAAUUGAAUGACGCCGGCAUUCAAAAACCUAGCCAAGUAUUUGCAGGGGCUGCAAUAGUCGAUAGGGCAGCAGAAUGGGGUCUAGCAAUUCCCUCAGAAAAGGAUGGAAGUAAAACAGUGCCUCCAGGGUCAUCUGUAGAUGGCAGUAAAUUGUCGCUGGGAUUAUCUUUGGAACUGAUAAGAGCAUCCACUGAUUCCAAUUUUGGGUCUGAAGGGAUUCCUAGGGUCUCCCAAGAGCUAAAAGAUGCAUUAUCUACUCUGCAACAGACUUUUGUUGUUUCUGAUGCCACAAGACCUGAUUGCCCCAUACUGUAUGCAAGUUCUGGUUUUUUCACUAUGACUGGCUAUUCCUCCAAGGAAGUUAUCGGAAGAAAUUGGUACUGGACAUAUCUUACUGAAAUCAAUUUCAAUUCUGAGUUUACAUAAUUUUAUUGAAUGUUAAGCAUUUUUAUGCUGAGAGGGAUAACAAACUUGUUUUACUUUUGUUUCAGCAUUUUCGUAGUAUACCAAUUUUGUUACUGAGAGUUUCGCGUUCUCAUGAUUUUUAUCCUGUUAGAAUAGCAAUUUCCAACUGAUGCUGGAUAAAUAGAUAUAUAUUUCUCACCUUAUAAUUUCUAUGAACCGUUGCUUACAACAGUGUUUUCUUCUGCAGCCGCUUCCUUCAGGGAAGUGAUACAGACAAGCUGGAGGUUGCCAAGAUAAGAGACGCUGUUAAAACUGGGAAAAGCUACUGUGGUAGACUUUUAAACUAUAAGAAAGAUGGCACACCAUUCUGGAAUCUUUUGACUGUCACUCCGAUAAGAGAUGACGGAGGAAAGGUCAUAAAGUUUAUAGGGUAAGUUUCUCCAGUACAUUUAACCAGGCAUUCAAGUAUUGUGACAUGAGUUACCUAAAUCUGAAGACAAAGACAUGUAGACCUAAAUCAUCGUCAUUCCAGUUUAGAGUUUGGUAAAAUCGUUUCAUGGAAUUUGCAACAGCAGUCUGAAACACGAUGGAUAGUUUUCUUCGUCUACAGUGAUAACUAUCCCUUAUUGAAUGAAAUUUUAUGGCAAAUUUUGCUCGUUUAGUACAUGCCUGGAAGCAUUCACAACUGGUCAGACUAAAGUUCUCACUGAGCCCUUGGGUGUCUCCAUGGUAAACUAUUGAAUAACAGAAGUGCAAUAACAUAUUCCUUCUAAUGUUCCGAACAUUUUGAAAGCCUGGACUUUAUUUUUUUCAAAUUGACGUGGAGAUCAGUGGAGGGGGUGCCAUCAUUUUGCACUAUGAUAUAUCCUUGAAUAGCGACAACAAGAAGCUUUUCCAUUCAAGUCAAAGUAACGAGAGGAUGUCCCAUAUUUUCUCCUUGUGAGAUGGAUUGAUAUUUAUAUGUACUAUGUUUUAUCGAAAUAUGGAAUUUAUAGUUCUUUAUGAAUGUAAACCGCAGAAAAAUAGCAUUGAAUCUUGCAUCAUGUCGAAAUUCAACGGAUUGUCAGAAGAAGUGGGCCAAGUAGACCAGCUGUGGAUAAGAGCGUCAGCAUGUGCCUAAUGAAUAGAAAAAGUAACUGCGCUCUAUUUGAGCUCCAGAUCUCAUUAAAUAAGACCAGAGACUACUUUUUAUUAUGAAUAUUUUGAGAAAUGUGUGGUUUUUUCUUUUUUUUUAUUUACUUGUGUUCUUGUGAUCUUGUUCUUUUUUUUUUAUUUGUAUGGUUUUACAGCUUAGCAUUAUCUUUAUCUUUUUUUGCUGAUGUCCUUAAAUCUUUUUCAUUGAUGCAGAAUGCAAGUUGAGGUUAGCAAAUAUACUGAAGGUUUAAGUGAUAAAAGAUUGAGGCCAAACACGCUGCCAGUAUCACUAAUUCGUUAUGAUGGUAGUCAACUGUUUAUUCACAUUCAGUUAAACAAUGUAUAUUUUAGUAGCCGUACUGACAUUUUAUUUUUCAGCACGCCAGAAGGAGAAAGCUUUGUCCUCCAUUACUGAGGUUGUGCAAACUGUGAAGCAUCCUCACCGACACUCCCAUAAUGAUGGUCAUGAUAUGACUCCGAAACCAACUGAGCUCGAAAAGUUUCGUCUUGAUUCUCCUCUCCAGAAGUAUGCAGAAAUUGAGCACUUCAAAACACCUGGUAGAAGUACCUCUCAUCUUGAUGCCCAGAGUGUGUUGUCAUCCAUGCCAAGCAGUCCUCGGGAUCCUAAAAAGCCAUCCAGGAAACCGGGACGUUCUUCUUUACUUGGAUCAGCUCGUUCAUCCUUAAUGGGGUGAGUUCAGAUAAACGUGAGGGGUAAAUAUUUUGAAUAGUUUGUGCCUAUGGCAUCAGGAGCAUAUCAUCCUCAUGAAGCACAAUUGGUGCUUUUUUUCCUUCUUUUUUGUUGCUGACUUCUGAUGUUUAUCAAGUGUUACAAGCCUUCCCAUCAGACUAAAAUAUGUUUUAUUGGAGAAAUGAUCUUAAAAAUGUUUUGGUGUUCAAAACUAGACAAAAAAUAUUACAUCAGAGUUGAUAUCUAUGGGUAUAUAACUUUUCCUAAUGCUUUGGUGAAACCAAAAUAGUUGGUAGAAAGAUGAGAUGGAAUUAUGCAAGAUUCCUGCAGAAAGCUCAAUUUGCCUCAUUGUUAGAAAGUAUCGUGAUUACACAAGCAACUUUUUUCCCCUUGAUCCUGUGUGACGAUUUUUAAGGCUCGUGUCAUACAUAAAAUGGACUCCAUGAUUUUUCUCCUGUUAAGUUUCACAUAUUUAAUGGGGUGUGUACAUGUCCUGUGCCUUGUUACAUGCUUAGAAUUACUGUCAUAUUUUAUUUUCAGUCCUCAAUCACAUUUGUGCUGCUGGCCUUCAGAGGUUUGAUUCCCAUGUACUAUCUUGUCACACCCCUCCUUUGAGUCUGCUACUCUCCAUUGAAGCCAAUACUUUAAAGUCAUGAGAAAGCGAAAAGCAUUAGACAAUUGAACUCCAAGUGGAUGCCUAUAUGCAAGAACCUAAUACUCGAUGUAACCAUGAGGAGUGACAGAAACGUUGCCCUUUGAAUUUACAGCUAAAUUCUUCUGUAUCAAUGAUAUGCUUUGAGCUAUUUUCAGGCUAAGGGGAAAAGCUGAAAGUUCUACUGAACAGCAUGAAGCCAUUGAACCAGAGGCCUUAAUGACCAGAGACAUUGAACGCACUGAAAGCUGGGAACGUGUUGAAAGAGAGAAGGAUAUACGCCAGGGAAUUGAUUUAGCAACAACAUUAGAGCGCAUUGAAAAGAAUUUUGUCAUAACAGAUCCUAGGCUGCCGGAUAACCCAAUAGUGAGUGAAUUUCAGAAACUAUUUUUCUGAUAUCCUUUUAGACUCAUUGGAGACAAAGAACAGUUUCUUUUCACUGUACAUCUUUGUGUAAUUCCCUUUGUCAAAUCAUUUUUAUGCCCUUUCGCUAUCACUUUGAUUUCGUACGUAAUCAUUGAUUCUUUUAUUCGUUUUACUAUUUUCCUUUCAACAAAUGAUCAUCAUCUUCCUCGAAUUUUUUGAUGAUUUAUGUAACUUCAGAGCACUGGCUACAAAAUAUAUUUGCAAAUUGAAUGGGUUUUUGUUGCAGAUGAUUAUAUUUUGAUGAUUUUAUUUAAGUCGAUAUUUUAUUCAAUUUUUUUGAUUCUUUGUUUCUUGUAUGCUAAUUUGUGUGAUGAAUUUUCGAAUUUUUUGGUGAAACAAUAGCAUGCUGAUAUACUGUCACGUCCUUCCUCUCUUAUAUAUCUUUCGUUCUAAGAUAAACUGACUUAUUUUGAUUACAAAAUAUCUACAGAUAUUUGCAUCUGAUAGCUUUCUUGAGCUGACGGAGUACACACGUGAAGAAAUCUUGGGAAGAAACUGUCGGUAUGCUAAAACUGUUUUAUUUGCAUUCUUUGGGUACCACAUGACGAUGUACAAGUUUCGUUUGUCUGGGACUAGCUUGGUUAAUUGGUGAUGGGAGGGUUGGUGUAAUAUAUACUUCACAGUUGAAACAUGCUUUUUAUUUGUAUGACAUAUGCAUAAUGGAUAAUACGAUUUAGACAACUGAAUCAGUAAUGAAUUUUGUGACGUGGAUGAAAUAAUCACUGCUCUGAAAUAGCUUUUCGCGUUAUCACUUUGUGACGAGCAAUUGUCUUCACCUCAUGAAAGGAGAGAAAAAGAUAAGCCAAAAAAGGAAGAAAGAAAAUAAGUUUCCAUGAGUGCGAUCUUCAUGGAUGCAGUAAGUGCUCAUAAUUGAAUUAUCAUUCUUGAAAUCCAUUCUGAAAGGAAGAAAGGAAUAGAAAGGGAUUUCAGAUUCCACAUUAAACUAAAACGUUUAAAGUCUGUGCUUGUAUUUUAUCUUAGCUUUUCAAAUCAUCGUGAUGCAUAUACUGUGCUUAAUCCAGUUUCUUAUUCAGGUUUCUUCAAGGUCCUGAAACUGACUACAGUACUGUUGCAAAAAUAAGAGAAGCCAUUAGAGAUCAAAGGGAAAUCACUGUCCAGUUGAUUAACUACACAAAGAGUGGUAUGCUCCUUGAAUUUACAUCUUCAAGUUAGAGUAAAUGCAUAUUUCUUUGAAAAAUUAUUUCUCAUUCUCAGUUUCAUUUCUAUCGUACAUUGUACUUUGUAUGAAGUCCAACAUAUAAAUAUCUUAUUUGGGAAUACGCCAGUAUAAUUUGGCUAUCCUUUUUUAAGACAUUUUUUUUUAUCUUUUUCUUUGUGUGAUAUUGAAAGUUUUGUUUUCAGGUAAGAAAUUUUGGAACCUAUUUCACUUGCAACCCAUGCGUGAUCAGAAGGUAUACACAUUCCGUUAUUUUGAUUUAUUUCGUUCUUCAUAGUUGUUCACCAAUGAUUUGAAACUUCUCUUUCGUUGUCAUUGGGGGGGGGGGGACAUCAGGGUGAACUUCAGUACUUCAUUGGUGUACAAUUGGAUGGAAGUGAUCAUAUGGAACCCCUUCGAAAUCGUCUUUCAGAAGGGACGGAGCAGCAGAGUGCUAAGUUGGUACGUGCUUAAAACUUUUCUAAAUUUCCCCUCGAUAUAGCUUUGCAUUUGUUUUAAGGUGCUCAACCUGUAUUAGAGCCAGAAUCAGGCAAAACUUUUAUAUCAAGUUAUAAUUUUCAUCCCUUGGAUGAGAUAUCCUAGCUGCUGUUCAUUGUUCUCUUUCCUACAUAUUUACUAAUUGGGGCAGUGAUACCAUUUACGAAGAAAACACUUUGGAGUAAAAUAUUGUUCUCAAGUGUUGGAUUCUUCUUGGUCAUCUUAUUCUUUGAUGCUUUUUAUUAAAACAUAAAAUUAUACUUGUUUUUGGUAGCAUUUUAUGAGGAAUGUAAUAUGAAUUUUUUAUUUGAUCAUGAUGAGAACGUGAUACUUCUCACUUAUUUUGUUUCUGAUCUUCAAGAAGCUAAAUACUGUUUGGUGUUCCAAAUUAAUGAACUUAGGGUGGAUAACCUUAAAGAAGAAAUAGGCAUAGUCUUUUUAGUAGUGGAUAUCACUGUGAGUACAUUUUGUUAGAUGGGAGGGUGGGGUGUCGUCGAUGAUUUCUGUCAUCAUAUGUUUUCAACCUUCUGUAGAGUGGAGACUCCUGUAAGGAGAAAGCUAAUAGGCUUUGAGACAUAAUCAAUUAUAAUAAAGAUAUAUCAACAUGUAUGCAUUUAGUCAAGAUUAGUAUAGUUUCAGAAGAGUCACUUUUAACAUCCUGAUACGAUUUUUAUAAAAAAACGGAUAUCAUUUCACAGGCUGAUUGAACUGGCUAUCGAAGAUACAGAUGUACAUUAAAUGCAUCCACAGGCGGAAAACAUAUAUGUUCAUAUAUGCAUAUUUGCGUAUUAUUUCUUUGAUUCUUUGAGCUGGUCCAAAUUGGCAACUCAUAUUGGACAAAACAUUUCAAAGUUGGAUGUUAGAAGGCGAAUCUAAAUGGAUUUAUUGUGCUAUGUUUGCAACAGUGAUUUAGAAUUUCAUUGGAAAAUUAGAUGGAGACAUGAUUUUAAGCAGCGCUCUGAAUUUCUACAUGUCUCUCACAAGGUAUCUUUCCGCCAGAAGUUGAAGGGUCCGGAUAAUUCCAACCCAGUACUUUGGUCCCCUGGAGGUUUCUUUCAGAAACUGGUACGAGGUUUUUAAUAGGUGAUGAUGUAAAUCAAUAGUAGUUGCUCUAUUCCUUUCCUUUUUAGCAGUGGAUGUCUUUCAACUUAAAAAGUACGCCAAAAUUUUUAUUAAGUCAUUCCCAAAGGUUGAAGGGUUAGAGAAUUGUAUAUUCCUAGUUACCAAUAAGGAGCUUUUGUCAAAUGAUAUCAGAAGAGCUUUAGGGACUUAAAUGCUGUGUUGUGCUGUGUCCUCACGUUUUUAUGUUAUAUUUCGCUAUCAAAACGUCUUCCGUUAGUGUGAGGAUAUUUUUUUGAGAUUUUCAUUUUUACCUUCAUGUAGGUAAAUAAUUUUACGUAAUGUUUUAAUCCACAAGCACCUGACUUUCUCUUUGUAUAGGUUCAACAUAGGCCAAAAAAUUUAUGAUUCCUGUUUCUUACGUGUCAAAAAUAUGCACUGAGAAACCUCACAAAAUUGCUUUGGACUUCUCUGCUAAGUCGAGUAGAAGCUUCAUGAGAAUGGUCUCACUUAGUCCUUGAUAUGGACUCACGACCUCAUUUUACGACACAGGGAUGGAAUAGAUGUUGGUGGACAUCGUAACACGAAUUAUGAUUUAACACUGGAUAUUAUGGAUUAUAAAAAAAAAGGGAAUAUUUUCAUUUUGAACGAUCAUUGGUAGACUUCGUAAUUACUCCAAGUGGAUGAUUUGAAAAGUACAGUUAUGGAAGUGGCUUUUUUUCAAAUUUCUUUUACAGGUCAAAGCAACAGCAGAGAAUGUUAAUGAAGCAGUGAAAGAACUACUUGACCCCAACUUGGUAAGGUACAUCUUUUGCGCAGCUACAUGUCUAAAGAAAAUCUGAUAUUACUUCUUUUGUCCACAACUACCUGUGUGCAUUUCUUUUUCAAUGGAAGGAUUGGAUUCCAGUUACUUAUAAAACGUGAAGUCUCAAUCAGUGCAUAAAAUAUUAUCCAACCUUGUCAAUUUCUUGAUAUAUAGGGGUUUUAUUUGAUUUGUGUGACAGCCACAAUGUUCCGUGAAAGUUUUUUCAUUUGAGAUAUACUAGUAUAUCAGUAGAAAAUGAUUUACCAACAAAACAGCAUGCACUUCGCCAUUAUUAAACGUCUACAGCAGUUAAAUGAAUGUUCAAAUGUAGAUGUCUGUUCAUACUACCUCAAUAUUUGCUUAAAUUUCAGGCGAAUUUUGCAUUCAAAUGAUUAAGUGAUAUUCAAUUUAUUUUUCUUGUGAGAAUGGCAAGCCAAUUUCGCCUAUAAUUACUUUAAAAAUUACGUAUGUGAAGAAAAUGUGGAUGCCUAUUACUACUUUCUAUAACCGUAUGGUAAAAUCAUUGUUUAGAACAUCAAAUACUUCUAAUUUCUGUGAUUGAGAUAUUUGAUUUUGAAGAUUUGUUUCCUUUUCUGGAUAAUAUCUAAAAUAUUCUGCCGUGUUUUGAUCAUGUCUGCAAUCAUUUAGUAAACUCAUAACUUGAGGUGGUUUAUCUCUUUGACGAAAUUUAUAAAUUAAUUUUGAUUAUUCCGUCCGUAGGGUCCCGAAGAUCUAUGGGCAGUUCACUCGCAACCUGUCUUUCCAAGGCCCCACAAAAGGAAUAGCCCUUCUUGGAUAGCAAUUCAGAAGGUAUUAUUUUCUGAACCAAAAAGUUUCGAUUGCCUUCGCUAUAGUGAUACUAUUAUGGGUCCCCUCUGCUCCAUACGUGAAUGCAUUUGUUUCAUUCAAAAGCACGUUGUCUUGUAUUAUCGCCUAAAAUAAUAAUUUGGUUGGUUAAUAUGCUGGGACUUAUUUGAGUGAUUUCCCUUUGUUUUUGGCUGUUUGAAAAGGUCAUUAAUGAUCCUAAUCACAUAUAAUUUUGGGGACCAAAAGAAACGUAAUUUGACUCAACAUAGAUACACUCCUGGAAUGGAGUUCCAACUAAAUAAACAUAUCUCAGUGUACACAUUUUAGGAAACAUGAUCUGAAGAUAACAUUAUUGAGAAAAAAGCCAAACGAAAUUGUUUGCAUUAUGGAACUGUUAUGGUAAGGAAAUCUUACUUAUAUUCAGCUAGCAAUUAUUUUGCUCUGCUUACAACUUUGGUUCUACUUAUCCUCAUACUUUCACUGGCGUUUUGGGGCUCUGACAUCUUGCUCUUACUCAUUCAGUUUUUCUAGAUUCCAAAUGCUAACUGACUUCCAAACAGCUCUUAAAGGAAUGAUAUUAUAAUAUAAUUUGAUUGUAGACCUAUAUGAGUUGGAGUAGAAAUGGUUGGAGUUUUGACAAGUCGGUAUGAUUCAACGUUUUUCCUUUAUCAUUUCUGAGUCACAAUAUGGUAUGAAGAUAUAUAACUUUGAAGUUGAGAAUAUUGAUGCUGGUCUUUACUGAUGACUGCUUACUGCUGUGUUCUAAACUUUACAUGUCUCCAAAGAUUGCUGGACAAGGUGAAACGAUCAAUUUGAAGCAUUUUAGGCCCAUAAAACCCUUGGGAUGUGGAGAUACCGGGAGGUAAUCCUUCAAUUAAGGGUUGUGUUUCCAAUGCGCUUGAAUACUUUAUGGAACUAUGCUUGUUUUCCUUAUGUCGAUUUUUUAUAUAAAUUUUUUAGAUUUUGAUAUUAAUAUCCGCUAGGAAACUCAUUUCCAAUGUGUAGGCUUAUUUCUUUAUGAAACGUCUCAUAGAGGAGGUGUGUUUUGACAUGAGAAUGUUCACUCAAUUAUCUAAACACUUUUACGUGAUUCUGAGGAUACAUCAUAAAUGUGGACAGAGUUCAUGCAAGGUUCUGAAAAGUGCUACUGGUUUAAAUUUGAUAUUGUAAUUCUUUAUGAAACGUCUCAUAGAGGAGCAUGUUCGUAUGAAAAGAGAAAAGUCGAAAGGGAAAAAUGUGAAAUCUGUGUGCAAAGAUGUGACAAAGAAAGAAAGAGGAGGAGGGAAAGACUAGUAGAGAAAGAUGGGAUGAAUGAAGAGAAAGAUUGAUCUCCAAGUGCGCACUAGACUUCAAGCUGUCAAAGCAAUUCCAAGAUGUUCGACCUUGAUCGGCACAUAAGGCUGUUAUAUUUUUGAUGCUCGUUUGAAAGUUGGUGUUUAGUGAAACUCCACAACGUCUAAGUACUCAUAACAACAGUUUUGUUUUAUAAAAUCAUAUGAGAAAGUUUUAUAACGUGAACUCAGUUUGCUUGCCAGACUACUUUAGUCAUACAGAGGCAUAUAUGGGCCUAUAUACGUUGUCUUAUCUGGCUUUUCUUCAAAUUUUUGAGAUAUCUCCCAUUUUAUGUCAUUCUUCUUAUUUUCUCUGCCCUGCAGUGUUCAUUUGGUAGAACUGCAAGGCACUGGCGAACUGUAUGCGAUGAAGGCAAUGGACAAAUCAGUAAUGCUGACUCGGAACAAGGUAUGCUGUUAGAAAACCGCAUCACUAAAACAACAUAGUUGAUGCUGACUAGCUUUUUACUAUUCAAGAAUAUGGAUUUAUAUAUUUUCUUUGUGUUUAUCUUGGACAGAAUGAGAGUUGCCAUGUGCUAUUAUUAGUGUCUUUCUUUGUCUUAGAAUUUUAAAUAUUUGAUAAUAAUCGACUGUAGGCAUUCAUUAUGUGGGCUUGUUCGCAUAGACUUCAUAGAAUAUUAAUUCGAUUUGGACUGCUGGUGUCCUCUAAUGCAUCUUUUACCAUUUUUUACGCCAUAUCCAGGUGCAUCGAGCAUGCAUAGAAAGGGAGAUCAUUUCACUGCUUGAUCACCCUUUCCUCCCAACGCUAUAUUCUUCUUUUCAGGUUUAGCUUCUUAUCUCACAGUGUUAAUUCUUCAUUUGCCCUAUCCAAAUUUUUCCUAUUUGCAUAGAAUUUUAUUUUUUGCAAUAUGAUAAAAUCAUAUGUCAUACCUCUCGUUGUGGCAUCUUGUUGGAAAUCCAUGCAUUAAGCUACGUCUCAAAAUUGUCAUCUGUCUUGGUUUAAUUUUUUAAAACUUGGCCAUUUUUAUUUGUUAUUUAAUUUCAAACCAUUUUUCUAAGAUUGAUAUUCCCAUUACAUCUUAGGUUUGGGUUUUCCUUUUGACAGACUCCUACUCACGUUUGCCUGAUUACUGACUUUUGCCCUGGUGGGGAGCUUUUUGCGUUGCUAGACAAGCAGCCAAUGAAGAUAUUCAAAGAAGAAGCAGCGAGGUAAGUAAAUGUGACCAUCCGAUCCUGAGUGUACAUAGCGCAUGGUUUUCCGAUUAGGAAGGAUAGAUUUCUUCCCCUGGUAUACAAUCCCUCCCGGUUGAUCUGCUUAAAACAUUCUUUUCCUUAGUAUGCCAACUGUCUCGUGUAUUUUAUUUCCUUAUCUUAUUCUUAAUUUAUGUUUAAUGCUCUCAGGUUUUAUGCUGCAGAAGUUGUGAUUGGUUUGGAAUACCUCCACUGCCUAGGUAACUUGCAAAGUUAAAAUAUAAAAAAUUACAUUUGGUAUUGUGUUUUAAACUCAUUGAUUAACUUGACUGUGUAGGUAUUGCGGCACAUAAAACAUAGGCUGGAUUAUUUACAAUAUUUAUAUUUUUUUUUUUGUCACACUUUGACUUGUGUAAAUUAUUUUAAUCGAAAGAACUAGACACAGAUGCUUCCAAAGCUGUAACAUUUCUAAAUAUUUAUGCUAUACCAUUGUCUUAUGGUUUGAACUCUGUGUACAAACCAAUAGAUCGAAUAAUAUGAAUGAUAAAUCUAAUCAACGAUUGUUCCAAAUACAUUAAUUUUGAGUUGGGAGAUAACAGUUUCAAACUUAAUUACUUGUCGGGCAUGUUAGUUCCUUCCUUGCAUUAAACUGAUAUAUUUCAUUGAUCAUCUUCCAGCUAGGUUUGAUGGUUAGAAAUCCAAUGAACUAGUUUUCAACUGAAACUGGCCAAUUGUACUGUCCUUGACUAAAUUGAUGUCAAUUUUUGACUUUUAAAUACUCAGGGUUGAUGUGAUCUCGGUAUUGCUAUUUUCCGUUAUGCGCACAUAGUUGUGAGAACAUUUGAUUUAUUUAAUUUAGCAUGUGAGAACAUUUUUCUUUCUUGUACUGCAGGAAUAAUUUAUCGUGAUUUGAAGCCAGAGAACAUUUUGCUACAAAAGGAUGGGCAUGUUAUAUUAGCUGAUUUUGAUCUGUCUUUCUUAACCUCUUGCAAACCUCAAGUACGGCAUUCUGCCCCUGCUUUAAUUCUACGUGCUUCCUAGAAACGUUGUUUUGGAAACCUCUGGCCUCUCGUUAGUUUGAAGUUUGAUUGCAUAAAGUUAUGUGAUCAUGCUAGCCGUUGUCGUAUCAGAAUUCCCCUACAUGAUAUAAUGUUAGAUGACUUACAUCCCUCCGUUCCUCAUUCUCCCUCUCCCUCUCCCGCCCCUGCUUGUAUGAAAAAUUAGCAUUCUCAUUAAACCUCUUGCCGUCUACUGGCACCCCGCCUCCAAUCCCCUUCUGAUGUGCCAAAUAUGCUAUUUGGGGAAGAGCUUGUCGCGGAGGCAACUUUGUGGUUGGUACCCUGCAUCCAGGAGAGAAGGCUUGUCGUGGGGAAUGGUGGUUGGGAUUUCUCAUAGUAUUUUUGUAGUUGAAUUCACCUUUUUUGGGGCAAAUCAGCCUGGAAUUGGAAGAUUCUGGAUGGAUCAACCACAAAUAGGCUGAUCCAGCCAGCAUGGCCAAUAUCUGGUGUGUCUGAAAUGGUUCGGGCACGGCACUAGUAGCCGGAUGGGCGGGCAAAAUUGUUAGAAAUUGUGAAGAUUUGUAUGCCCUAUGCCAUUCCCGGAAGGAACUUGGUCAAUCUAGUUGUCCGAUCUGAUUUGGUUUGCCAUUGUAUCAGGCAUAGCCUAGUGCAAUAAUCAUCAGAAGAUGUGUCCACUUGUCUAGAAUGACAGCAUUAGCUCCUUCAUAUGAGAACUUGAUUCAGACAGAAGUCAUCUGAUGUCUUUAACAAUACCCAAGCAUCUAGAGUUCCAUUCUCUUAAUGGCCACCAUUCCCUUAACUGGAAGGCCAGCAUCUAGAGUGGUCCUAGCCAUCAGAUUUGUCAGAUCCAGUUCGAGUCGGCUGGUCUUUAGCCAGAGUUAACUGCAAUUUUUAGAUGAACGCUCGCUGUAAACUAAAUAAAAAAUCUCUCUGCUGUUCUGGUCUGACUCGGUUGAAUUUUUAUUUUCGCAGGUGAUAAGGCAUGCAGUGCCAUUGAACAAGAGGAGAAAAUCCAAGGAUCAUAUCCCUCCCGUUUUUGUUGCAGAACCAAGUACACAGUCGAACUCAUUUGUUGGGACCGAAGAGUACAUAGCUCCAGUAUGUUGCCAACACACUGUACUCGUUGCUACUAAUUUUUUUCUAAAUUUUAUAUCCACAUUGGCGUCAGUUGAUUGUUGAUAUUCCCCCAACAGAUGCUAUGCUAUGCACUUGAUUUCCAUGGGACAAUCGAAAUAUCUCUUAAUAAGCACAUAUCAAACAUGGAAAAUAUUAAAUAUUCUGUGAAUUCUGUUAUUCCUAACCGCUAUUUAUUUUGCAUUUUUAACCUGGAGUUGCACCCUCUGUAGAUAAUAUUUAGCUUACCGUGCUUUCAUUUGAUGUAGCACUAAGAUGGGUCAUUCUCGUGGAUCACAUUCACGAGAUGCAUGCCUCCAUGAGAAGUUGGAUCGUUGCCGAGCUUUGUGCUAUGCUUUGUUUAUGUUUCAAUGACGACUACAAAUAAAGAGAAGAUAUUAUUUUUUGAAUUCACACGGGUUCAUUGUUCCUUUCCUGUUUGAUAAACGUCGGAGUUGAUCCGUUGGCACUUGAAUCUUUCUUCAGUGUUCAGUAUUUUUCCGUUUUUAGAUGCAUGCCUGGGAUUCUUUUAACUUGAGUAUCCGAAUUAGAUCCUCUUGACUUUCUUCUGCAUUAUAAUUUAUUACAGAAUUUAGAUGCUUUUGUGUCUUUAACAUAAAAUUUCCCUUAUAUCCGAUUUAUCUGGGAAAAUAUUCUCUCACAGAUCUAAUCUUUUUAUCUAUUGUAUUUCAGGAAAUUAUUACCGGAGCAGGACACAGCAGUGCUAUUGAUUGGUGGUCUCUCGGUAAGAUUGUUAGUAUCUGAAGUGUUAGCUUCGUAGCUUGUUGCUGAUAUACGACAAGAGAAAGGCCGAGAAGAAAGAUUAGCUUUAGAUAGAACCAGUCUGGCAAUAAUCUUCGUACUUUCCUUUUAUCAUUCGCUUCCAACCUGAUGUUUCCAUUGAAUUCAUCCGGCAAGACUUAAUUGUUGCCAUAUUUGGUAUCCUGGUGCAACGCUAGAAAGCAAUCUUCUUUCCUCCAUUAUCUUCCGGAGGCAGGCAGUUGUUCUUUGUACGGCUGGCUUUCUAGAAAAAUAUUGGCAUGACAUUUAUAGAAUGUAGAUUUGGAUGUUAUUUUUCCGUAAAUACAGUUUUUCCUCACAUAACGUAGAGUGUGCAUACAUUUUUCUUACUUAUAUUUUCCGUAAAUACAUUUUUCUUGGUUUCGGUAAUAUCUCCUUCAUAAGAGCCCAACUGUUCCUUCAAUUCACAUUCAAUCAAGAAAGUGUUUUUUCUAUUAUUAUUAUUUAAUUUUUGUACGUGAUGAUAUUUUCUCAUCUUAUCCUCUGCUUCAAUGACGUAGAUUCACUGAUAAAGGAGAGAUUUUACUUACUUUCUAUGUUGAAUUCUAUGAUUUUCAUCUCAGAAGCUGGAACUUUGCCGUGCAGGGAUUUUGCUCUAUGAGAUGUUAUAUGGGCGCACACCUUUCAGGGGAAAGAACCGGCAGAAGACAUUCGCCAACAUUUUGCACAAAGAUCUCACCUUCCCUAGCAGUAUUCCGGUGAGAGAAAAACACUGUUUCUCUCUCUAUCGCCUAAUUUUGGUAUAACUUGACCUGCCUGCAGAUGGGCAUCAUUUUAACCUGGCCCCCAUGUGUGUGAAAAAUGCCAGGUCAGCCUUGCAGCUAGGCAGCUCAUCAACGGAUUGCUGCAGAGGGACCCCGCUGUCCGCUUGGGAUCGAACACUGGAGCCAAUGAGAUCAGGCAGCACCCCUUCUUCCGGGAGAUCAAUUGGCCCCUCAUUCGAUGCAUGGUACGUCCCACUUUCCCAUGAUCCAAGAGAAGAAAUAGAAUAAUUAUAUCUAUUAAUCAUGUGAGAAUAUUCUGAUUCGGAAAAAAAACCUUGCCCCGAGCUCUGUAGCAUGAAGAACUACCCUUUUGGGGAAAGAGGGAGGGUUUUUCUUUCAUAUAUAUAAUGGGAUAUAUAUAUAUAUAUUUAUUUAUUUAUAUUUAUAUGUAUGAGCAUAGACUUACAAGCAUAUGAUUGUGAAGUUGAGGGUUCAGAAGUGUCUGUCUUAUUGCAAAGCUACUUUUGUGAUCGUCCAGGAUCCGCCUCAGCUCGACGUCCCUCUCGAGUUAGUUGGUAAAAAUUUGGACGACAAACCCAAGGCCCUGCUGAAGGAUGACGAGGAGGUCCUCAUUCAGGCCAUUGAAACAUUCUAA